UCGAGCGAUGGCAAGCAAAGACACGCCGAAAAAGCUCUACGCGAAAAAAACCGAGGCAAAUAUUUCACGUUGCAGACUUUGUUAUUGUGUUACUGACCCGAAGCACAGUAAAAAUUUGUUUCGAAGUCAGAAUCUGAUAACUUUGCGCAAUGCGGAGACAGUAUAUGGUAGUGAAUUGCCACAUGGAAACGACCUUCCUCGUCAAAUUUGUUCUGCCUGUGAAAGAAGGCUGAACAAUGCGAUAAAGUUAAGGGAUAUCAUCAUUGAGACUCAACAGAAACUACAGGAGAAUGUUCGAGCAAAACGAUGUGUGGAAGUUUCUCCUUCUGUUAUCCCCUCAGCUAAAGUGCGCACAGCUGGGACUUCACGGCGACGAAGUAUUGACUUCGGUAAUGUUGCUGCCGAAAAAUCUCCAAAUGUCGAUGCCUCAGAAGUUCUUAUUGAGGCAAACAAGGAACUGAUUGAAGUGGCAAGAAGAAGUGAUGAAUCUGUCCUCAGGCAACGGAAUUAUUAUGGUUUAUCUUGUGAGGAUUGGAUGUCUGAUGUUGUAAAGGAGAUGGCCACCAGAUGUCCAACAGUGCAUAAAUUCCUCUGUGGUCUGUUGGAAAGCAGCAUCUAUCCAGCAAAGAAGAACCCUGCAAUUUGCUUGAUAUAUGGCAUUGUGAUGUUUUUACGAUGCCAUGAAUUGAGCAGAAUUCAAAGGAUCAAUUCUGUUUUAUUAAUCGAAGGUCAAGCAUCUGUAAAUCUGAUUUCCCGUUUAAACAAGUAUGGUCUGUGCCUUGAGCCUAUGAAGAAAUACCCAAUUCUAGAAGACAUUGGAAAGAGUUUUAUAGAUCAUGCAGCAGAGUUGGUGAAGUCUGGACAUAAAUUUGUGUAUGUGUUAGACAACAUUGACUGGGAGGAGAAGGCCCAUGACAUGAGGCAGAAUGUGCAAAACAGGAGUGUUCAUGCUGUGGCAACAAGUAUUGUAUUUAAUCGAGUUUCUGAUGAAGGAUUGCCCGAUUCUGGUCCACAGCAAAGUCUUAAAGAUUGCAAUGUCCACCAGCUGGUGAAUAUCAAUCGACUGGAAUCUGAGGCAAUCAGAAGCAGAUAUAGAAUACUUGUUGCCAGGCUUUUGUUUGAACAUUUUCCUGCUUUUGCAAUAUUCAAGCCAUAUAUACCUGGAGCCACUGAUUGCCAACAAACCAAGAAUAUGUCAGCCAAGUCAGAAGUUGUGACAAUGCCCAUCUUAAUGAAAGAUGAAAAGAAAUAUUCAGAAUGUGUGGAUGUAUUGGAUCAGCUUGAGAAGUGGACGGAAGAAAUAUAUGCAGCUGCUGGGCUAUGUUCCCCCUCAGAACCUGAUGAUGCCGCACCAAGCAUUGGGACCACAUCCAGACCUGAUCAACCAGCCUCACACGUACCACCUGCUACAACUGAUGAUGAUCCUUUACAUGGUGUAAAAAUACCUUGCUUUGGUGAUCAACUCACUCGAGUCAGAUUUGCUGGGGCAAAGGAUCUUAGAGCUGGAUGCCAUUCAGCUAAACAGAGACUGGAUCAUCUAUAUCCGUUUUGUAUUGUCGACUGGCACACCAAAAGAAGUUUUUUGAAGACAGUGUUCAAGAGACUUUACAAGAACUCCGGGAGAGAGAAAGGAACGCUGCGAUUCUUUAGAGAGAAGCUGAACCGACGAAAUGUCACUGUCGACGUAAAGCACUAUGAGGACUGUGAGCAGCUGUUUUACAGUGUUGGUAAGUGUUUUGUGAUUGAGGCCCUUUUGGAAUUUUUCCAAAUGGACGACACAAAACACAAGCCAGCAGCAAACGGUCCUCAUAGUGUUCAUGUAUUGCAAGAAGAAUACAGAAAGAGCUAUAUUGUCCAGGUGCUUGACAAAUUUAUUGAUGAGUUUCUUUUCAUUGAUGAUGAGGAUGUGUAUGAUGAAGAUGAAGAUGGAGACAACAUUGAAGAUGAUGGUGUUUGGAGCUAUGGAAUCAACAUCAUAAAGUGUUUUAUGCUCCUUAAUGAUUUCAAGGAUGCUGUAUCCUCAGGCAAUGGUGAACACCUCCUAAUCCUGCGAAAACAACUGCUGGUUCACUUUUUUGCAACAUCAGGAUUUAAUGAGUUCGCUAUUGAAAUGCUCAUCAAUAUCCUACAGUCCAAAGUGUUGCUCUCAACCGUCGAAGCUCAUCGCUGUAAAUGGGCUGCUACAGUGAAUUGGAAAGGUGGUGCUGGCAAAAAUAUUGAAAUUGAUCUCUUCCAAGAAAACAGGAACUGUGAGAUGAAGAAGUUGAUUCGUGCAAUGGGUGCCAACAAGACUGACAAGGCAAUAAGCAGAGCAAGUAAAGCAUCAGGAGGAGUAACAAAAAUAGUGGAGGCAUUUGAACAUCAAGUGAACAUUCAUCCGAAGUCAACCACUCACUCACACAAAUCCGCAACUGAUGACGAAAAAAUUAUAAGCAGAGACAUAAGAGUCUUGAAGCCUUUCAAGAAGGAUGGAAGAUCAUUUGAGUCUUUUCCAAAUAUUUCAUGUAAUCCCACCCAAGCAUUAGCAAGGAUAAGUUUACAACAUGGAUUGAUAGGCACAAGAAAAAUAUUUUAA